GUCUUAGUUCGACCUUCUUUAGCAGAGCAUCGCGAUUCGAUUCUGUCGGGCCGAGCAGCUGCCACAGAUAGAUACAAAUUGUUCGUGAUUCAAGCAUGAAAAAUCGUGUACUUUCCCAGGAAAGAAAGUGAAUCUGUGUGUCAACUCCGAUGACAAGCUGCUCUUUUGUGAUUUGAAAAUAGAAAUAAGUUACGCGGAAAAGUCAUAAUUAACAUAUCUUGAUCAACGCUCGAUGGGUGCCAUAUUGAACAUCCACACGCUCAAAAUGGUCCGUCUGCUAGUUCUACUGCUGUGCAUUUCCAUGACAACCACCCAGAAAUCAGGCAACUUCAACUUUAAAGAGAAAGGUUACAAGAGCAAUCAUAAUUUCGACGCAGAUUCGCAAGUGCUCGAAAUACAGCGUCAAAAUCUGAUUACGCAGAAAAUUCUGCAGCGCUAUCUCGAGCGACGAUUGCAUCCCGAACGGAGGCCCCAAAUCAGAGUGCCGUCGGUUGCGGAGAUCCUCGCGAAAUCGCUCACAUCCGGCUCGACUCGAGACAAUCGACAGCAAAACCAAACCAUAAGCUCCUUCUACAGAGGCUCGGCCGGUAACCGGUACAACCUAUACGGAAACAGUCAAUAUGACGAAGAGCAGGAGGAAGGCGAUCAGACGGAUGAAAACGAGCAAACUGAGCGCCAGCAGCGGGAUGACGAGGAUUACGAAACCGAGCGUGAUUUGGAUCAGUAUGAUGAUUUGGAGGCCUCGCUGCUGAAUGAUCACAUCGACAUUGAGUCGCUGCAGUCGGGCGAAUCGGAGCAUGUCGAUUCGUUCUAUCGGGAGAAGUAUUACCGGCAGAGAGCCUCACAGCUCUCAGAUUGUCCAAACUGCGUUGAAGACUCGAGUGCUCCCACGAGAUGGACAAUGCCACUGCUGAAGCUUGGUGAGAAGCGAUAUUACCUGAGCAUAUUCUUUAAGGCUAACUGGUUCAAAGCACUGCAGUACUGCCGAUACCACGGAAUGCAGCUCGCGAGCAUACAGUCCCAGGAGGAGAACGAUCGCUUGGAGAAAUACGUCAAGGACUAUGGCCUUGCUGCCGAACACUUCUGGACGUCCGGGACGGAUCUGGCGGAGGAGGGUAGCUUCUUCUGGAUUUCCAACGGCCGGCCACUUUCGUUCACGAACUGGAACGCCGGCGAGCCAAACAACUUCCGGUACGAGAACGGUGAGGAGGAACACUGCCUCGAGCUAUGGAACCGAGACGGCAAAGGACUCAAGUGGAACGACACGCCGUGCAGUUUCGAAACGUACUUUAUAUGUGAGGUUUGACCGACUAUGGGACAGGUCGUAGGUAGGGGGUGUACAUGCCUUUAAUUAUCGUAGGUCAAUUGCGUUAGCGAGCGUUUUGAUUUUUCUCCUGGCGAGAGAGUUGGGGUAUUCAGGGGGAAAUGGUAUCAAUCGCUUUAACGGAAAAAAAGUGAAAAAAAAAAUAAAUAAAAAACUAAUUUAAUCAGAAACUUUUUCAAGAUGAACGUUGCCAAUUUCACAAUUUCACACAAGCUACUGCUGUGAGUCCAUCUUUUUGGCAUCUAUCCAAAGUACGUUAUUUAUGAGAGUUCAUCGUGAAUGUCAUCGAACUAUUUCGCGUGCCUAAAAAGGCCGGCGCAUGGAUUAUCAAAUAUGCGCGCAUGAACGGCGAAUAUUUAUAGCUCCACCGAUAGAAUAUUCUGCAAAAUUAGUUCCACGUGCUUAGGCGAAAAAAAGUGAUUUGGACUAUUCGAAAACACAUUCCAGAAUAAUUAAUCGCGAAACCUUGUUCAGUCUCAUCGGAGAGCGUUUUUAAUUCUUUGAUUAUUUGCAUAUCUCAAUAUGUUUUAUGGAAGACUGAACUGACGUCACUUAGUAGCCAGGAGGUAACAGUCACCAAGAAGGAUACUUAAUAUGUGAUUUAAUGUAUUUUCGUUUGCUUUGAUAUCACAUAGAAACAUUGAAAAGAGUUUUUUGGGAAUUCACCAGUUUGACCCCUGCGAGUUCUUCUUUUAAAUUAAAGUGUAGUGUGUUUUUAUGGACCACCAACGGUAAUGGUUAAAUUAUUAGCCAGUGCGUGAUUUGAGGAUAUCCAAUAAGACUAAUAUUUUUUUUUGGCUGGCGUAUGUUCUUCUAUUUGUUCUAUCUUUGAUCAAAAACACACCUUCGAUUUCUGAGAUUUAGGUUACAAUUCGUUUGAUGAAUGUUUCAGGAUGGACUGUAAAUUUUCUAUUUACAUUUGCUUAUACUAUUCCCAGUAUAAAUGAAACAAAACAUUGUUUUAAUUAUGCCAUUGUGAGUCGCAAUCAUCUCCCCCGAGUGGCAAAUUGCGUGUAAUUUUAACUGUAUUUAAUUUCAAUAUACAUAUAAAAUAAUGAAGUAAUGUUUUAUAUGUUGUGUCAUCAAAUGAGGGCGCAAAUGCACACACAGUGCCACACUGCCAUUAUAAAAUUACUGUCGAAAUGCGAUGGCGAAACUACACGUUAAUUAACACCCCAACUCCUCGUCGCCUUCCUUCGUCCCUCCACCUGUGUCGCGUUUUUCGUUUGCCAUUUCAUCUAUUCUCACAUCAGAGCUGCAAGCUGUCAUUCACCUGUAGGAUUCCGAAUCAUAUAUAUACAUUUGUUUCUCUUACUGUAUAAUAUUAAGCGUGUUCGAAACCUGAACCAAUUUCAAAGAAAUAAGUCUGUUCGUAUCUUUAGAUUGUAAGAAGCGUUUGUUUGCAGCUUAUCCUUAAUCGGAGUUUUAUUAUUAUGGUUAUGUAAGCGAGCGAAGUGUUAGAACGCAACAAACAAUACCAUUAAACUAUUUAUCUAGUAAGGAAAAUAAGCUCAAACAAUUACCAAGACUCUCUUGCAUUAUGUAUAAAAUACAGCCAGGAUCGGUGACAAGAGAGAUCAGGACGUGUUGCAACAGCGAAACGAUUUUGUAGUAUUUAGUAAAUUGUAAAUAUUCUUCAACCUUUUACGUGUUGCCGGCCAGAGUGUAAUAAAAAUAAAGUCAGCGUUAAACAAUUUUACAAA